AUGGAUGAACUUCAAGCGUGUACAUCGAUGGAUGUAAUGGAAAAUGACACUGCUGAAAAGACUGAUGACACUGUAAUCGAUUGGUUUUUUUCUCAAGUGAAAGGGAAUGUCGAGCCAGAUGGAGGUAUUACUAGCGACGCGGAUAUCAUAUCUUGCGUCGAGUUUUCUCAUGACGGUGAAUUCCUAGCUGCUGGAGAUAAAGGUGGAAGAGUUGUAAUAUUUCAGCGUGAUCAAAGUGGAAAAUUUGUGAAUGGUCAGCGUUCAACUGAUUAUAAUGUUUAUUCAACUUUCCAAUCUCAUGAGCCGGAAUUUGAUUAUUUGAAGUCUCUUGAAAUAGAAGAGAAAAUUAAUCAAAUUAAAUGGCUAAAAAGAAAAAAUGCUGCCAAUUUCAUCCUUUCAACGAAUGAUAAGACGAUAAAAUUGUGGAAAAUUUCUGAAAGAGAGAAAAAGGUUGCCGAAGGCGGUUGGAAUCUUACCCGAAACGCAGAUGGUACCCUUGAUGGGAAGCGAAGUUUCAGUGGUGAGCUUAAAUUGCCGAAAUUAGUACCUAUGGAAUUAAUUGUGGAAGCAUCGCCUCGGCGAGUCUAUGGCAAUGCUCAUACUUACCAUAUCAAUUCCAUCAGUGUCAAUUCAGAUCAGGAAAUUUUUUUGUCAGCGGAUGAUUUGCGAGUAAACAUAUGGCAUCUUGAAAUCACUAAUGAAAGCUUUAAUAUAGUCGAUAUCAAGCCAGUCAACAUGGAGGAAUUAACAGAAGUUAUUACUGCUGCUGAAUUUCAUCCUACUCAAUGUCACUGGUUUGUAUAUAGCUCUUCAAAAGGAUCAAUUCGACUGUGUGACAUGCGCGAUCGAGCUUUGUGCGAUGUUCACGCCAAAAUGUUUGAAGAGCCGGAGGAUCCAGCUAGUCGUUCAUUCUUUUCGGAAAUUAUUGCUUCAGUAUCUGAUGUGAAAUUUUCCCACAAUGGGAGAUAUCUCCUCACAAGAGAUUACUUGACCGCUAAAGUUUGGGAUUUGAAUAUGGAGUCGGCACCGGUCGAAACAUAUCCUGUUCACGAUUAUUUACGCUCAAAGCUUUGUACACUUUAUGAGAAUGAUUCUAUUUUUGAUAAAUUUGAAGUUGAUUGGAGUGGCAAUGAUAGCCACAUCUUGACUGGGUCGUACAACAAUUUUUUCCGAUCUUUCACGAGACCGAUUAAUGGCGAAACAUCGGCACAAGUUGAAAGACCACAUGUGCGUUUACAAACUCGUCGAGUAUUGUCUGCUGGUGCUGCGCGAGUAAAUAAAAAGCGUGUUCAGGCAGGAGAUGUACAAGCGGAUGAAGAUGUUAGUGCAGAUAGUCUUGAUUUUACCAAGAAGAUUUUACAUACGGCUUGGCAUCCUAAAGAAAAUAUCAUUGCUCUGGCGGCAACCAAUCGCCUUUACAUUUUUCAGGAUAACUAA